GCCCCCCAUGGCAUUCUCGCGCCUUCUCCCCUCCCACCGCCUCCUCUCCACCCUCCUCCACACCCCCACCCCUACCCCCGCCGCGCCCGCCACCGGCGCCACCACCACCACCCCGUUCGCGCACAAUCUCCACCCCGCCCGCUUCUUCUCCGCGACACAGCGGGCCGGACCGGGCGCCCCGCGGAAGCCCCGCGCGGCGGACAUCGGCGCGCAGGCGCGGCAGCUGCAGAGCCGGCGCCUCUGGACCUACGCGCUCACCUUCGGCUGCGCGGCGGGGUUCGUGGUCACCAUGCUGGCCACGUUCCAGCUCGUCUUCUACCUCACGCCCACGGACGCGCUCGCGCGCUUCGCUACCGACCCCUCCAAGACCCGCUGCCGGCUCGGCGGGCUCGUCCUCGAGGGCUCCAUCGCCCAACCCUCCUCCUCCGCCUCCGAGAUCGAGUUCGUCGAGGGCGCCCUCCCCGACCUCUUCCGCGAGGGCCACUCCGUCGUCGUCGAGGGCUUCCUCAAGCCCCUCUCCGACCACCUCCACCUCGACGGCGCCGGCAGGAAGGUCUCCGACAAGGCGCGGGAGGGGCAGUGCUUCCUGCAGGGCACCGAGGCGCUUCUUCCUUCGCUCGCGCCGUGUGUUUUUUAGGGUGUGACAAAUCGGGCAUGAAUUACCCCUAGCGCCGAACUAGAUUCUGCCCCAUUUGCUGCCGAUGCCGACCGUCAAC